AUGCACAAUGCAAAUAUAUUAACUUAUGAAAUCACUGAAAAGAAUGGAAAUGAAGCUAUUAUUAUUUCCAAAUAUAGAGGUAUUAAUUUGUCUAAUUAUAGAAAUUUGAAACCUAAACUCUAUUUGGGAAAUUUACUUCAAAUUCUAAUUAAAACCAGUCAUGGACUAAAAUCUCUUCAUGAUAACAAUUUAAUUCAUUGUGAUAUCAAACCAGACAAUUUAUUCCUCCAAGAAACAAUAAUUACCAAAAAAGAGGAUAAUAUUCUCCAUAUAGAGACAAUUAUUGGAGAUUUGGGAAGUGUUAGAGAGAAUGCAUGUCCAAUACCUUCUGAUAGAAUUGGUGUCACUGUUACAAAAGUUCAAGAUGUUGAUUCAAACCCAUCAAAUUUAUCAGAGAGUUCUUCUUCCUCUUCUUUCAUAUGUGGGACUUUUGGAUUUAUUGCACCUGAAUGCCUAAAUCAAGGUUUAAUAUCUUUCAGGAGUGAUAUUUGGAGUUUAGGUAGAUCAUUAUUAAAUGUAAUAUUUCCAAAAAAUGAAUCCCUAGAUAUUCAACAUCAUUUAGAUGAUAUAUAUCAAUAUUUAAUCAUUCACAUGGAAAAUAAUAAUAUUUCACAAAUAAUUAAGGAAGCUAAUUUGGAUGAUGAUAUUGAAGGUUGGACUGAAUUUUUCAAAAUCCUAAUUUCCAUGUUGAAUGACGAUUAUGAAAUGAGGCCAAAUGCAAGUGAAAUAUUGAGUAGAAUAUUCAAGACAAAUGGAUUAUCAUCAGAUUUUUUUAAAUCAUAUCCAAUAGGUAUUAAUGAUAAUUUUACUCAUAAUAGAGAUAUUAUAUUGGCAUGCCUUUCAUUUAGUGAUGUUUAUUUUAAAUGCAAUCCAUUUGAAAAUAAUGAAUUGUUGAGAAUGGAUAGACAAUUCAUAAUGCAAGUUGUUAACAGGAAAGGAUAUUUAUUGAAAUAUAUUAAUGAAAUAGAUAGAGAAAUAGUAUUAGAAGCAGUCAGAGAGGAUGGAACGUCUCUUGCCUAUGUUAAUAAUGCUACAUUUAAGAAGGAUAGAGAAAUAAUCGAAACAGCUAUUCAACAGAAUGCUAAUGCCUAUUUCGAAAUAGAUUCAUCUCUUAAACAUGAUGAACAAAUUAUUCAAUUGACAGUUGAAAGAUUUAAAUUAUCGCUUCAGGCUUGUGUUGAAUCUUUGAAGAAUGAUAUUGAAAAUAAUUUAAAAGUUAUUGAACAACUAGGAAUUGAAUUGAAAAAAAUAAGGAAUAGAGAAUUUAUCAUGAAACAAUUUAGUCAUGUUGAGGAAGCUCUUCAAAUAGCACUAUCCAAUCUAGAUUUCUGUGAGAACGAUUUCACUGAAAACAUUGAGGAAAUAUUCGAAACUUCAAGAGAUACACUAGUGAAGUCAAUCAAUGAGUUUGCACAGAAUGAUUUUAUUGAGGAGUUAUAUUCUGCUUCCAUCUUACCAAGAGCUCCAAAUUAUUAUAAAAAUGAUAAGGAGCUUGUAUUAGAGGUUAUUAAGAAGUUUCGACCAUCUAUUCAACAAGCCGAUGAAUUAAUAAGGAAUGAUAAGAAAUUCAUUUUAGAAACAGUUAAACAGAAGGGAACAGCAUUGGAAUAUGUGAGUGAAGAUUUCAAAAAUGAUCCAGACAUUAUCAAAGCAGCAGUAGGCAAUAAUGUGCAUGCAUUGACAUAUGUAGACGAAUCUUGGAAGAAAGAUAGAGAUUUUGUUUUACAAUUGGUUGAAAUUGAUGGAGCAGCAUUGGAAUACGUUGAUCCAAAAUUCCAAAAAGAUAGAGAAAUUGUAAAGAUUGCAUUGCAAAAUGAUGGAUUCGUAUUAUUUUCUCUUGAUUCAUCAUUACAGAUGGAUAAGGAAAUUGUAAUUGAAGCAGUCAUUCAAAACGUUUUAGUAUUGGAAUAUAUUGAUGUGUCAUUCAAAAUAGACAAGUCAUUCAUGAAAGAGGUAGCUCAAUAUGAUGAGUAUGCAUUAUAUUUUGCAGAUGAUUUGUUAAAGAAUGAUUCUGAUUUUAAAUUGGAAAUGCUUAACGAAUAUGGUGAAACAGUAUUAGAAUUUUUUUUUUAUUGA